UUGCAGUUGGUCGACAGCAAUAGACGUCACCAAUGCGACGGAAGUUUGUUAAAAAAAGAAGAAUUCUGGCUGAUUCAUUGCAUCUAGUUCGUCUGACUCGACUACAAACAGUAAAAACAUACUGCUCUUAACAUCAGAAGCAUUUAACAGCGGAUUCUGAUAUGGACCGGCUGCUCAGGCUUGGAGGGGGGAUGCCAGGGCUUGGCCAGGGCCCACCAACAGAUGCACCUGCUGUGGACACAGCAGAACAGGUGUAUAUCUCGUCCCUGGCCCUGCUCAAGAUGUUGAAGCAUGGCCGUGCUGGUGUACCAAUGGAAGUCAUGGGACUGAUGUUGGGAGAAUUUGUUGAUGAUUACACGGUGCGAGUGAUUGACGUGUUUGCCAUGCCUCAAUCAGGAACGGGUGUGAGUGUGGAAGCCGUGGACCCAGUGUUCCAGGCUAAAAUGUUGGACAUGCUGAAGCAGACUGGCAGACCUGAGAUGGUGGUGGGGUGGUACCACAGUCACCCUGGUUUUGGCUGUUGGUUGUCUGGUGUGGACAUCAACACACAGCAGAGCUUUGAGGCCCUGUCAGAGCGAGCCGUUGCAGUGGUGGUCGAUCCCAUACAAAGUGUCAAAGGAAAGGUUGUUAUUGACGCCUUCAGAUUGAUCAAUGCCAACAUGAUGGUGUUGGGUCAUGAGCCAAGACAAACCACAUCGAACCUGGGACAUCUGAACAAACCCUCAAUCCAAGCUCUGAUUCACGGACUUAACAGGCACUACUACUCCAUCACUAUUAAUUAUAGGAAAAAUGAGCUGGAGCAAAAGAUGUUGUUGAACCUGCAUAAGAAGAGCUGGAUGGAGGGUCUGACCCUACAGGACUACAGUGAGCACUGCAAGCUCAAUGAGACGAUUGUCAAAGAAAUGCUGGAGCUGGCUAAGAAUUACAAUAAGGCUGUUGAAGAGGAGGACAAAAUGACCCCAGAGCAGCUGGCAAUCAAGAAUGUUGGAAAACAGGAUCCUAAGAGACACUUGGAGGAGCACGUAGACGUUUUGAUGACAUCCAACAUUGUUCAAUGCCUAGCUGCCAUGUUGGAUACCGUAGUGUUCCAGUGAUGGUGGUGGGUGUGUGACUGUACCUUGUUUUUUUUAUAUAUAAUAAAUGUAUACAAUGAUGAA